CUCAACUGUACUGGCAUGGAUGACGGUGUCUAUGCAGCCGUUUAUGGGCAAUGCUCCAAGCAUUACUGGCAAUGCGAGGCUGAUAAAACAACGCUAAAAACUUGCGACAAUGGCCUGUUUUUCAACAAUGCCAUUGAAGGAUGUGAUAUACCAGGAAAUAUUGCAGAUUGCAGGACUAUCAGUGAUGAAGGAAAUGAAGCGCUUGAAUCGAAUGAGGUCGUGGAACCAGAUUGCGCUUUCUUGGAAGAUGGCCCACUGGAGCAUUCCACUUGCUCACCAUUGCAUUUUAGUUGUAUACGCGGUCAACUUCUGAAACUUCAAUGUCCAUCAGGACAAGUAUAUGAUGCGACACAGAAGAGAUGCGAUGAUCCAGAAUUUGUGCCGGGCUGUAGCCCAACAAGACCAAAAAUUUCGCAAGAAACACGGAUUAUACCGGCUCCAGAAAUAAGUAACUAUUGCAAAGCACAUGGCGAUGGGAUUUACUCGGCAGGCUGUGAGAAUUACUUCUACCUUUGUGGCCAAGGUGGCAGCUAUCGAGUCAAUUGUCCCAGCGGAUUGUUCUUUGAAAGCAACACACGAACAUGCAGCUACAAGGAGCGCGUUCCAGAAUGCAACAACAAUAGUGCUGUCGAAACUGCUCGGUCAUCUGCUACUCAACAAGCAAACGGAAGCGAUAUCGACACCAAGGAGGUUGUGGAGCCAAGCGCCGUAAGCCAAGAUGAAAGAAUCAACGAGGUGGAAAUCGCAGAACGAAGCCGCGCAAGUCACAUACCAGAAGCUGCUCUUCCAGCAGCUAUUGGUGUACCACUGCCAAAAGCAAAGGACCAACCGAUUCUUCCUGACGGUAACUAUUGCAAAGCACAUGGCGAUGGGAUUUACUCGGCAGGCUGUGAGAAUUACUUCUACCUUUGUGGCCAAGGUGGCAGCUAUCGAGUCAAUUGUCCCAGCGGAUUGUUCUUUGAAAGCAACACACGAACAUGCAGCUACAAGGAGCGCGUUCCGGAAUGCAACAACAAUAGUGCUGUCGAAACUGCUCGGUAA